AUGUCUUCUCGAUCUCUACUCUGGAGCGUGGGGUCGCUCGCGGCUACCUCCCUGAUUGCGCCUACUGUUGCCAAAGGCUCGACUGGUAGCUCCGGUAGCUACCAACUGCACGAAUCCUGGCAAGGCGAGAAAUUUCUGGACUACUUCGACUUCUUCAGCGGCGCCGACCCGACCAAUGGCUUCGUUACCUACGCCAACCAGAGCUACGCUGAGAGCAGCGGCCUGAUCGACAUCACCUCCAGCGGCAGCUUCUAUAUGGGUGUGGAUCACAAGACGACUCUGAGCCCCGAGGGACCUGGUCGUGACUCCGUUCGUAUCGAGAGCAAGAAGUACUACGAUGAGGGCUUGUACGUCAUCGACCUGCAACACAUGCCCGGCAGCAUCUGCGGAACGUGGCCCGCUUUCUGGUCCGUCGGCCCCGACUGGCCCCAUGACGGCGAAAUCGACAUCAUCGAGGGUGUCAACAAGCACGAGGCCAAUGAGAUUGUCUUGCACACUAGCGGCUCCUGCGACGUCGGCGGCGACCACGAAAUGCUGGGCGACAUGACUUCCAGCGAGUGCGGAGAUGCCUCGGGUACCAUCGGCUGUGUGGUCAAGGGUAACCAGGGCUCCUCCGGAGACCCCUUCAACAAGAACGGUGGUGGUGUGUAUGCGAUGGAGUGGACUGCUGAUUUCCUGAAGAUCUGGUACUUUGCUCGCGGCAAGGUCCCCGAGUCUAUCACCAACGGCAAGCCCGACUCGUCCGCCUUCGGCACUCCGAUGGCCCAUCUGCAGGGCACUUGCGACUUCCACGAGCGCUUCAAGUCCCAGAAGUUCAUCCUCGACACCACCUUCUGUGGUGACUGGGCCGGUGGUGUAUUCGGCGACUCUGGUUGCCCGGUGAAGGACCCCAGCAACCCUAUCCAGAGCUGUGUCAGCUACGUCGCCGAGAACCCCGAGGCUUUCAAGGAGGCGUACUGGGAGAUCAACUCCAUCAAGCUGUACCAGAUCGGCACCAGCUCCAACACUCCCGCCGAGACCUCUUCCUCCGCGGCCUCUCAGAUCGAGAGUGCCACUCACGCCGUGUCGCAGGCCGCUUCCACCUCUACUACUCAGAAGGCGGCUGCCACUACCAAGGCUGCCAGCUCCAAGUCCGAAACCGCCGUCGCCCACACUGCCUCGAACCCCCCUGCUGCCGAAGUUACGUCUGCUGCUGCCGCAACCACCAAGGCUAGCGGCUCCAGCUCCGGUAGCUCGGGAAGCCCUGGCAACACUGGCAGCUCUGAGGGCUCCGAGUCCUCGAGAAGCACGAUUUACGUCACCGAGACCACCACAGUCUGCGCUCUCACCCAGGGAACUUCCCUCGCCACCGGCAUCCCCGCUGGCCAGUCGAGCGUUGCCGCUGAAAAUGGUGCCUCGUCCGUCGCCCCGACCGCUCCUGUGUCCCAGCCCGCUCCCCAGGGUACCUCCGGCGUCGUUCCUUCUCAGGUCCCGGACACUCCCGCCGACUCUCAGUCUCAGGACAACGUGCCCUCUGCGGCCACUGCUCCCGGCGCUCAGGCUUCGGGCCCCUCGAGCGUCGCACCGGUCGAAGACUCCCACCCUAGCAACCCGCCUUCGCCCCCGCAGAGCAUUACCGUCUCCUCGUCGGGCGUUGUCCCUGCUCCCGCUCCCGCUCCUACUUCCGCACCUCCCGCCGAUGAAACCCCGGCUGACGAGGAAGGCUCUGCACCUGGCGGGUCUCCCGGUGCCGGAUCUGGAUCUGGCUCGGAGUCUGGCUCUGGCUCUGGCGUCUCGAGCAACUCGGGCAGCUCGGUCAACUCCGGAUUCUCUGCAUCCUCGGUCUCUCCCAUCCCGAGCGCCACCAGCCCUAUCAGCCCUCUCUUCACUGGCGCUGCUAGCAAGCUCUCCUUGAGCACGACAGGCCUCCUCGGCGCCCUCGCCCUUGCUUUCUUGGCAUGAACGCCAUUUCGCGAUUUUCUUUCGGUUUCUUUCUGAUAUCCCUUUUCAGCCAUUAUAUCCCGCAAGAGGUCGUGAAAAUACCCCUCUAAUCUUGUUUCUGUAUAAUAGUCUGCCUCUGCUUCCAAUAUCAUACCCAUUCGUUGUCCACUCGUUCUGACCGUACAGGGUCAUAUUUGCAAGACGUUGGGAACUUUCUUUCUUGCCACUGUUGGCCCUUUUAUUUGCACGUAAUUUAGAAUAUGCAGAACUAUUACAAAUGAAGAUUCCAUGACAGUUCGG